AUGGCAGGCGGCGCGGGCUGGGCGGGCGCCCCCGCGGCUCUGCUGCGCUCCGUGCGCCGCCUGCGCGAGGUGUUUGAGGUGUGCGGCCGCGACCCCGACGGCUUCCUGCGCGUGGAGCGCGUCGCGGCGCUCGGACUGCGCUUCGGCCAGGGUGAGGAGGUAGAAAAACUUGUGAAAUAUCUGGAUCCCAACGACCUGGGGAGAAUCAACUUCAAGGACUUCUGCCGUGGAGUGUUCGCCAUGAAAGGGUGCGAGGAGCUGCUGAAGGAUGUGCUGUCCAUGGAGAGUGCAGGGACGCUGCCAUGCGCGUCAGAGAUCCCGGACUGUGUGGAGCAGGACAUUGAGGUCCCCGGCUCCACCUUUGCUGAUGGCGAGCUCAUCCCCAGGGAGCCCAGCAUCUUUCCCGAGGACGAGGAGGAGCCUAUGAUGACACUGGCCCCAGUUGAGGGCUCCCUGGAGUCAGAUCUGGACAGCCCCAUGGAAAGCACCCAGAGCCUGGAGGGGUCUGUCGGGAGUCCCACCGAGGCCAAGGAGCGGGGUCUCGGGGGCCUGUUUCUGCCAGAGGACAAGUCCCUGGUCCACACUCCAUCCAUGACGACAUCAGACCUCUCCACACACUCCACCGCCUCACUCAUCAGCAACGAGGAGCAGUUUGAAGACUACGGGGAGGGGGAUGACGUGGACUGUGCCCCCAGCAGCCCCUGCCCCGAUGAUGAGACCAGGACCAACGUCUACUCGGACCUGGGUUCUUCGGUGUCUUCCAGUGCGGGGCAGACACCGAGGAAGAUGCGGCACACGUACAACAGCGAGCUGCUGGAUGUGUACUGCUCUCAGUGCUGCAAGAAGAUCAACUUGCUGAAUGACUUGGAAGCCCGGCUGAAAAACCUGAAGGCCAACAGCCCCAACCGAAAAAUCUCUAGCACUGCCUUUGGACGGCAGCUCAUGCACAACAGUAACUUCAGCAGCAGUAACGGCAGCACUGAGGACCUGUUCCGGGACAGCAUUGACUCCUGUGACAAUGACAUCACGGAGAAGGUAAGCUUCCUAGAAAAGAAGGUGACAGAGCUGGAGAAUGACAGCCUGACCAGUGGGGACCUAAAGAGCAAGCUGAAGCAGGAGAACACACAGCUGGUGCACAGGGUGCACGAGCUGGAGGAGAUGGUGAAGGAUCAGGAGACCAUGGCCGAGCAGGCACUGGAGGAGGAGGCCCGGCGACACCGUGAAGCCUACACCAAGCUGGAGCGGGAGAAGAGCACGGAGCUGGAGCUGCUCCACACCAGGGUGCAACAAUUAGAGGAGGAAAAUACCGAGCUCAGGACGACAGUGACGCGACUCAAGUCGCAAACCGAGAAACUGGACGAGGAGCGGCAGCGCAUGUCCGACCGGCUGGAGGACACCAGCCUGCGGCUCAAGGACGAGAUGGACCUGUACAAACGCAUGAUGGACAAGCUGCGGCAGAACCGCCUGGAGUUCCAGAAGGAGCGGGAGGCGACGCAGGAGCUCAUCGAGGACUUGCGCAAGGAGCUGGAGCACCUGCAGAUGUACAAGCUGGACUGCGAGCGGCAGGGCAGGGGCCGCGGCUCCUCCGGCCUGGGCGAGUUCAGUGCCAGGGCCCGCGAGGUGGAGCUGGAGCACGAGGUCAAGCGGCUAAAGCAGGAGAACCAUAAGCUGCGGGAUCAGAAUGACGACUUGAACGGACAGAUCCUGAGCCUCAGCCUCUAUGAAGCAAAGAACCUCUUUGCUACUCAGACCAAAGCCCAGUCUUUGGCUGCAGAAAUUGACACAGCAUCUCGAGAUGAGCUAAUGGAAGCUCUAAAAGAACAGGAGGAGAUCAACUUCCGGCUGAGGCAGUACAUGGACAAGAUUAUCCUGGCCAUCCUGGACCACAACCCCUCCAUCCUGGAGAUCAAGCACUGAGGAGGGGGCUGGCUGCAGAGCGGCCUUAGGACCUGGGGACCAAGGGGCAGGCCUGCCCCAGGAUGUGGGCCUGGGCCUGGGCCCACACUCACUGUAAAUGUACCUCUGGCCACCAUGCGUACCGUGUACUGGUGUAUAUGUGGGCUGAGCGUGGGAUCGUGGCUGGUGACACCUGCACAGUGAGCUGUGUGUGCACUUUGUGGUCCCUUUGCAAGGGGCGGAGGGUACUGGCAGCGGAGAGAACAAGGUCUGCCAUGGGAGUUCCUGCGAUAACGAGAACUGGACACUUGUGUUACUUACUGGAUAAAAUGAUUCUACCUCUGGGAUAAGGAUUAGAAAUACUCUAGGGAGACAGGCUCUUCUCUCCCUGCCCCACCUCCCGGGACGAGGAGCAAAAUCUGAUCUUUUCCAGGAAUUUGGUUGCUCUUUCCAGCCUCUUUGGCCAUCUUUCAAGCCCAGGUAUUUGAGCUCAAAGAGAAGGAAGGGGCAUCUGGGGGGACCCAGUGGAGGAGCCCUCGGGCAGCCCUCUGUGGGGCAGUGUACGGUGUCCAGAGGACUCGGGUUCGCAGAGCUGUGGACAGGCCGUCCUCAUUGGUGGGGUUCUUGGCAUCUUGGCUUCUCCCUGCCCUCCCCGCCUGCUCACCUACCUCCCCUUUAUGGUUUGGUUUUGUUUUUAAGACAAUGAAAUAGAAGCACUAUUCACUUGGGUAUAACAUGAAGAAAUCAAAAGGAAAGCAGCAGCUUAGGAGGUGGGGGUGUCAAAACAGGUUGGGCAACCAAAGAAAGGAUUCCCAGAGGAACAGGGCUGCCCGCAGCCGCGCAGACGGACUGUCGCUUGUCACUGGUGGGCUCCUCGCGGCCUGGUGAGGGGCAGGCCUCGGGAUAGAUUCCAGAAUCCGAGCUUGGGCUCCCCUGGGGAGCUAGAGCGGCCUCCUUCUUUGGUCUUCAUCCAGGGGAACAGACACUGCGCUGGUGGGACAUACAGGUGGGAAAGUUGCAGGGAAACCUUUGUCUUCCGUGCUUUGGACACAUGGUGGGAAUUUCCACCAUGGAUUUUUAAUGUGAUCUCUUGUUCUAGGCAGCAGGGAGUAGAUGUGAUCCUUUCCUUCGAGUUUUCCAGUCUAUCUGAAUUUUCUAUAGCUUGUGAUUCGUUUCCUUUACCCAAAUCUAUAUAAACAUGGAUGGUCUUAUUUCUUCCCCUGCAGUUUCUUGUUUUCUUCAGCACAUCUAGCGAGAAAAGGAAGGUUCGGGCAUGUUGGGGAGGGUAGAGAGGGGUGUAUGCAGAGAAGGCGGGCAGCGGAGGAUGAAGAGGGGACCUGGGGGACUUGGGUGUGUCCCCAGGUUUGGAGGCAGGGCUGUAGCCAAGACUGAUCUUCAUUCCAUUCCAAUCAACUUUGCUUCUGUUGGAUUUUGUGAUUUCUUUUUAAUACGUGCAGUUUGGUCUCAUGCUGCAAAUAACGGGGUUGCACUGGUUCUGCCCAGGACUCUGGAAUUACCCAUGCAGGGAAGACUGGCUGAGGCAUUUUCUCUAGAAGGCCCUGUUCUCAGGACACUGGGCUCUCCCAAGGGUCUGAGAACCCACAGGCAGAGAAAGGCGGCCUGAGGAGUGGGUCUCUUGAGAAUUUGCCAGUAGCAAGGAAUGGCCACAACCAGAGGCAAAUGACAAGUUGCGACAUGGCAUUGGCCUGGAUUUUCUAUUGCAAGAAGUGCCACUGAGGCUGGCCAAGUCAGGGCCCUGGUCCAUGGGGGUGAGUAUUUAAUAAGUAAAAUUGCAUAUGUUCUUUAGCUGCAUUAGUGCAGAUUCCAGAGAAGGCCACAGAAGCCAGAGUUAGAGCCGCUAUGAAGGAAAUUCUGCCAGGGGAAGAGGGGGUGGGAAAAGACAGCCUGCUCCAUUCUCCUCGCCUCUCCUUGUAGGGGGCGCCAUUGGCAUGGGUUUCCUGAGAGGCCAAAAAAAAAAAAAAGAGCCAGGUCUAAAAGACCCUUUGGAUCUGGGCCAGUGUCAGAGAGGCCUCUUAAAGAGGGACUUUUAAAUGAGGAAAUGAAUUCCCUGUAACACACUCAUUCCAUUAAAUCCAACCUCCUUACUUUCUUCAGCCAGGAUGCAUUUCUUGUCUGUCAGCUCCGCUUUUUAAGGUCAGGUAUGCUUGAGGGCUGGAAAUGUAGUCCAGUGGUAGAGGGCUUGUGCAAGGGCCUGGAUUCAAUCCCUACUGCCGCCCCCCACACCCCACCCCCCAAAUCAUGUAUGUCUUUAAAAUGCUCUUCUGAUCCUGAAGGCUAGCCUGAUGGGAGCCGACACCCCAGCUCCACAGCCCUGCUCUUGCUGUGUUUUCUGCCUCCCUUGCUCAUUUUCCAGCUGGGAGUUCUACCCCAGCUGUCCCUUGUUGUAUUGCUAGGUGGUAAACAUGUGCCCAGUUAGAUUUGAACUUCAGGCUAGGCACAGUGGUCCACCUGUAAUCCCAGAGGUUUGGGAGGCUGAGGCAGGAGGAUCAUGAGUUCAAAGCCAGCCUCAGCAACUCAGCAAGACCCUGUCUCUAAAAAGGGCUGGGGAUGUGGCUCUGUGGUGGAGUGCCCCCUGGGUUCAAUCCCUGAUACCAAGAAGAAAUUUGAAUUUCAGAUACACCCAAAUAAUUUUUCACUUUUAGAAUAUAUAUGUUCCAGUUAAUACUUAAGACAUAUUUUAAAUGAGCUUUAAAAUUUUUUGAUCCCCAAAAGGGCUGGGGUAUAGCACAGUGGUAGAACAUUUGCCUAGCACAUGCAGUGCCCUGGGUUCAAUCCCCAGUACCCAAAACCAAACAAACCCAAAACUGAUCUCUGGCCAUUCUGGUUUAAUUGGUCCUGACCCCUAACCCAAGCCUCUGAAUUUGGGAGUACCCAGGUGCAUCUAAUUUAACUGGGUGUUUUAUGGGAGUUUGGGGUGAGGGUUGUUUUUCUGCCUACCAACAGGACAGAUCAAUAGUAAUCUAUCUAAAGUUUAGAGGGUUUUGUUUGGGGGCGGCGGGGGCGUUCUGGAGAAGAUUCACAUUUUAUGUAACAUUGAGCUGUCUUUGCCAUCAAUUGGAAGCCAAGCAAAAUUAGCUAAUGUUUUCCUUUUUUAAAUUUUAACUUUGAAGUAGCUGGAGUUAGACCUGGAUUAUUUUAUUUUAAACUGGUAGAUCUAUUUGAGAAUCAUCAGAGGGGAAUUCCUUUUUCUUGACUUUAUUUCUGAUCUAUAAAAACCACAAAGCUCCAGAAACUUCCAGACCUCUGGAGGCUUCUAGCAGUGGGCACUGCAGUCACCUGGAGAGAUUAGGAAACUCUGAUGACUGGGCUGACUCCCCAGAGGUCCAGACUGAAUUGCUGGGGCCCCGGCAUCUAGAUUUUAAAAGAACUUGUUGUUACAUAUUCAUCAUGCACACCAUAUAACAAUUUGAUUUGACCAAUAUCCCGCCCACCCCCUGGUCCCUUUCACCUACUGAUCUCCAUUUGGUUUUCAUGAGAUCCCCUCCCCCACACCUUUCUUUUCCUUUUUCCUCUCUAGCUUCCACAUAUGAAGAAAACAUAUGACCCUUGACCUGAGUUUGGCUUAUUUCGUUUAACAUAAUGGUCUCUAGUUCCAUCCAUUUUCCUGCAAAUGACACGAUUUUAUUUUUAUUUAUGGCUGAGUAAAACACCAUUGUGUAUAUAGACCCCAUUUUAUGUAUCUGUUCAUCUGUUAGUGGACGCCUAGGCUGGUUCCAUAGUUUGGCUAUUGUGAAUUGUGGUACCUACGUGUUUGAAGACCUCAGGUGAUGUCAGUGUGUAGCUCAGGGCUGAGACCCCUUGUCCUAGAAGCUUGUUGGCCAGAGGUCGAGAAAACCGGUAGCAGUGGCCUUUGGGCUUGUUGAGCCAGGACAGGUCCAGGGCCUCUGCUGAGGUGGUGGAUGGUGGCUUUACCUGUGGUGAUAUCAAGUGGCCCUUGCCCCAGGAUGGGAGUCCAGAUGGCCUCGGGACCAGUAGAUCCAGCAGCUUGGAGAUUAGCAGACUUAGGUGGGCAGCAGAGUCUCUGCCCCUGAGUCAGAGAUGACACGUGUUGAGAUGUAUUGACCACAGGCCCUUUACUAAGUGGAGGCAGAACAGAGUCGGCUGAGAGCCACUGGCUUGCACAGCUGAGCUGGAGGGACCCUGGCUUCGUGGGCUUUGCCUGUGCUCUGACCAGGCAGAUGAGGGAAGGCCUGGCUCUUCCCAUUGUUAGCCAAACCAGACCCAGGCUCAGGCCUUGGAGGCUCCAGGUGCUAGUCCACUGACCAGUCUGAUUCCUGGCCCAGGUGGGGGCCCUUUGUCCCAGCGAGGGACAUCAUAGCCUGCCAAAGCCUGCAGCAAGGCCUGGUGAGGUGGGGAGCAUUUAGUCCCCUCUGUGUGCUCCAGGUAUGUGUGAGAGCUGGCUCUAGAUGGGAUUGGGUGGUCACCAUGCCAAGGAAAUGACUUUGGUCACCUGGUAGAUCCCUGGUGGCUCAGUAGGGGGCUGAGUGAGGAGAGGGGCCAUUUAAGGAUUCAGUGCUAGCAUCCUCCAUGGUCUCUCCUCCCCGUCCCUCCCUUUGGGACCCAAGGUCCCCUCUGUAAGUUGGUGCUUCAGGCUGUUAAGACGGCAGCCCGCCCCAUAAGGAGUCUGAAGUUAGAGGGGCCGUACCCUUCCCUGGUGACUUGGAGCUCUGAUCUUAGGGACCUCAAGGUCCUGACACGUGUACCUGUGAUGGGCAGCUGAGGAGGGCUCCCACGGGCCAGCCCCACCUGCCUGAUGGGACGGUCCUAAGGCCCUCUGCCAUCCUCUGGCUGCCCAUCUGAGAGGUUACCAGCUUUCCAGAAGAGUUUGUGUCUAUGAGUAAGACCCUGGUGAAGGGCAAGGCCACUGUUCUCACUGGGUUCCGCAUGCUCCUCCUCUCUCCGUUGUGACUGUAGUGUAGGGCUGUCUGCCCCAGAGACACCAGCUGGGGAGAGUAUCCCAGGCCACCUCUGCUGCCAGUCUAAGUGCUGCUGUGCCCGGGGCCACCCUGCAUCCUGCUGGGACCGCCUGCUUUGCUGUGCUGCCCGGGCUGUUUUUGUCUGCAUGGUUUGGGGUCUUUGUCCUCGUGCCUUUUCUUCCCUGUCACCACUAUACGGGAUUCUCCCUGUGUCCCCACUGCCCCCUUUUCUACACACUCUCGUGGUCGCUGCCUUCCCAGCCCUGUAAACGUGGACAUAUGCAUCCUACUUUGUAACCUCGGGCCUCCUCCCUGGGCGGCCGAGCUUCCAGGCACUUUGACUACCCACCAAGACCAGGCCCGCCUCCCCUCGGCUCCCCCGGCCUUACCCUGCCUUGUAGACUCGGUGACUUUGUACAGAAUAUUUUGUCAUUGUCUUAAGCACUGGGGGCCCGGCACUGAGUCCCGCCCCCAGCCUGCGGUUAGUUAGAAACCUGAAUCCCAGGUAAGGGCAACUUCAUGUAAAGCGACUUCAAACUCCUGCGCACCCUCUUGCUGUGAGCAUGCGGGUACUUGAACCUGGGCCACUGGCCCCAGCAGAGGUGCCAUGAGUCUUGCAGGUCUGCAGCAGAUACCUGCUGCUCCUGGAGGAAGCCCUGGCUGUGUGGUUCCCUGUACCCAGCAGUGGGCCUGGGUUUAGGGCCACGGUGUCUAAUGUGUAGGACAGCUGCAGACCCAAGGGAGAGGAAGAGGCUUGCCACUGUCCCUGCCUGUGUAUUAACACCUGCCCAGCCCUUCCUAGUCUGCCGAAGGUGCUCAGACCAGAGUGCCAUUAAAUACCAGACUGAUGUCAGGACCCGGAUGGGACAGGGCAUCACUGAGGACUCUCAGCCCGUCGUCACCUUCCCUCCUCCCAGCUUUUUCCCGUCUGGGGCUGGGUCUCUUGCAGACCAGGUAGAGUAGACUACGUGGUGACCUCACGCUCCAGGGCUUGGUUCACAGCUUCUGACUCUGUGGGAUUCCACUUGGGUGUUUGCCUCAGGAGUCCAGGUCUGGAAACGGCCUUAGCUUUAGGACUGGGAUGGGACUUCUGCUUUCAGGCCCCAGAGAGGGAGGGUGUGGGGCGAGGCCCCAAGGCUGGGUCCCAGGUCCUGAGCUCCUGCUGCUCUCUAUCUCAGCUGCGGGCACCUUCCAGGGAACUGUAAUGUACAGACCAAGGUGUAAAUAAACAGUGGCUUUUCUUGCCUGA